GAAAUUGAAUUUAGACUGUCGGCCGUAUGUUUACUGCCUGUUUUUAAUGGUUUGCUUCGUUUUAACCAGCGAUGGAAUUGAAACAAUUGAUGUAGGGCGUUAUGCCGACCCUGUCAAAUGUUAUGAGUGCCUAUCUUACUCACAUUCCAGUAAUAACUAUUGUGGAGAUCCUUUCAACGGAAGCCAUCCUAGCGUCAACCAUACUCUCUGUCGUGGACAAUGUGUCAAAUGGGUUCGAUCGCCUGUCCCUGGUGUGUACAGAUAUCAACGCACUUGCUCAGAUAACCUGCGAAUUUUAAUGACUAUUCAUUUAGUAUGUAUGGAAGAAUCAAGACCUGGUACGGGACGAAUUUGUUUUUGUGAGAAAAAUGACUGUAACGUAGCGAACAGUAUUAGAAAAGGAAACAUAUUAUUUAUAUCAACUGUUACAUUGUUAUGGAUAAUUGUAUCAUAUGUCUUAUAAUGCUCAAUUGAAAAUGUAUACACGUUAUUAUUAUUGAUAUUAUACACUCAAUGUGUACUAUGAUGUUCAUCGAAUAUGCAUUAAAACAUGCCACUAGACACUUUAAUAGCAAGUCACAAAUCACAAUUCGGUUUUUUAAAACUGUUAUUUCAAGCAUAGUUAAUACUAACGGACAUUUUUUUCUGCAUAAAUCUCAACCACUGUAUACUUAACUGUCGAAACACGUCUUCCAAUAGGUAUCUGACGAUUCAAGCCAAAAAUCCUACCAAGAUGUUCCCAUUACAAUCAUUAUGUAUCUGCUUUUUUGCCGGAUUGAAACGUGCAAUGUUUUCUUCUUUCAAAUGAAUGUUUUUUUAACAAAAGUAAAAUUGUGUGUGUGUAGUAUUUUUCUUUAUGUGAUCCUUAUACAGGUCUAUUUUUUAGCAAAUGUUUUAUAAUAAAGAUUAAAAUACGGUUAUAUAAGAGGUUUGGAUUGAAUGAUUUAUACAAUAAAUAUAACUGCAACUAUUGGGCAUUGACAAUCACAUGUAACUGACAGUUUUCGUCGUUGUACUAGUAUAUAAUAUUUAUAUAUUCUGUAUGGUAUAUACUGUGAGAAUUUAAUAAUGAUGUAUGGGUUUUGUUCCGUUGAUAAUUACAUACAUUGAAAAAAAAAUUCAUGCUAUAAUAAAUGAUUAUUUUUUCAUCAGCAUCAGUAAAUUAAUAAAUCAUAAGAAUACUAGGCGAGGUUUGAUACUUAUAUGGGGACACUUCCUAAUGUUUGUCCGGAUGGUUUCCAAAAUGGAUUUGUACUUUGUUUUUUAAGUUCAAGUUGUAGCCUAUAAAGUAUCAAUAAUGCUUCCUGUUUUUCAACGCUUAUGUUGAAUCAAUACAUGUAGUACAAGCUAUAGAGAAAAUAACAAGAACAGUGUCGCCCUUAAAGUUUGAUUAUUGUUUGAAUUAUGAAACAUUGUCCAAUAGUGGCUUAGUUCUAAUUGUAUAAUAAAGUUUUAAUUAAUCAUCAGUCUAAUUCCUUUCAUUGAAUUUAUCAAUCUAUUAUUAUGAAUAUUCAAUUCAUAUUAAACACUAGUCAAUAUAUUCAUGAUGAGCUAUAAUACUUUCAUAGUUAAAUUGUUAUUUGUAAUAUUCAAGUUGAUAAUACCAAACAUAACAGAUUUUAUUAUACGUAAAUAUGUUGGUUACAAGUAUUAAUUUUAUAAAUAUUUAAUCAGUUUUCAGCAUGUUCAGAAUAUGUAAUAAUUAUCAUAUUGACAGUUAGAUACCAUGAAUUUAUGAAUCAAGUCGCACUGGAGCAUUAAAUUUUAUUUUUUUGAAUAACUUGGUACACACUAUACUGAGACAUUUUUAUAUCAAAAAUAUCUCAAACAUAUUUAACAAUUGCCGAUCUCACACAAGAUUAGAGAAUAUACUUCAAAAAGCGGGAUAUUAUUAUUCUCUAUUGUUAUUUAUUAAUAGAUAGAAACGAAGAUUUAUUAAAUAUAAGACACUUCAAUUUCCAAUUUGCAAUUAGCAUGUUCAAUCUGUUUGUAAAGCAAUGCUAUCGAAAAAAGAUAUAAAAAGGGUCAAACUAGCUUAGCUGAAUUUGUUGUUUUUUUUAAUUUUAUUUCUGAAAUUUCACAAUUGUUUAAUGUCAUUUGCGUUUCUAUACCUUUGCAUAGAAAUAAAGUUGAAGCGAAUUUAUCUACUUUUUUAAUGUUUCAGUUUAGACACUUAUAUUUAUAUAUAUUGCAUUUUUAUCAAAGUUAAGUAAAACAUAUGGUUACGGAUUCAACAUCAAAAAGUUUUACAAUGCUUAUUGUAUAAGCAUAUUUUUUUCAUGGCGAUCACUUACACCUGUACAAAUGUAUAUUAAGGAACAUUAUUUACGUUAUUGAAACAAUAAAAUGUUAGAUUAAUCGAAA